AAAAAUAAAUCCUGUCCUCAUCUCAAGUUUUGUUGAAAUGAAGUCGUUCAUCGGAUCCGUUUACUUGUCGUGUUUUCCUCUGUUGGUGUAAGCAACUUUGCGCUGCCUGAAAAUUCAGACUUCAAUUCUUCGCCUAUGGUGGUUUGGUUAAGUUUCACACAAUCGCUCACCAUUUUGAUAUCACAGAUCAGAUGAGAUGAGAGGCACACAAGCAACUACCACGAGUUACAAAGAAAAUGAUGAGGACUAUGUUAAGAAAAUCCUUGAUGGGGUUGACAAGUACGGGGUUAGAUCACAAUCUGAAACUUGUAUGUGUAGAGUUCAUGAACAAUUACGCAAAGUAAACAAGAAAGCCUAUGUACCAGAGGUUGUGGCAAUCGGUCCUUAUCAUCGUGGUAAGGAUAGCUUGAAAUGGAUGGAGAAACAAAAGUUUCGUUACCUGUAUUUGCUUCUUAAAUGCUCUCCACUUUCAUUAAACCAAUAUGUAGAAGCCAUAUCCGAUCUAAUUCCAACUCUGUUUGAAUCCUAUGAUGAUCAGCCUGCAAUGGACAAAGGACGUCUUGUAGAAAUGGUUGUUGUAGACGGGUGCUUUAUAGUACAACUAGUUCGCAAAUUCAGUAUGCCUGAAUUGAGAGAGGAGAAUGAUCCCAUCUUCAAAAUGUACUGGGUUUUGAGUAGUUUGCAGCGUGAUUUAAUGUUGUUUGAGAAUCAAAUCCCAUUCCAGAUUUUAUGCAGGCUGUUUGACUUGAUUGAGAUCCCAAACCGGUAUGACAGGCUCAUCUUUCUGGUGUUCAAAUUUUUCAGUAAUUUAUUCCCGGGGCAAGUUUCUGGACAGUGGAUUAAUCAAAUCUCAUCAGCUCCAAGGAUAAAGCAUCUCCUAGAAUUGGUACACCAGAUGUGGUUACCACCUGUAGAAAUGUUACCAUCACCACCACCACCACCUCCACAACCACCACCACCGUCACGCCCUGUUCCCCGGCGCAGAUUUCAUUCUGCCACGGAUCUCCUGGACAACGGGGUGAGGUUCAAAAGGCUGGAGAAAGCCAAUCAACUUAGCAUAAAAUUCAAACACGGGGUCCUUUGGAUCCCGCCGCUAAUCAUGGAGGAGCGAACGGAAUCAUUCCUGAGAAAUCUGAUGGCGUUCGAGCAAUACUCCACAAAUCACAACUACCUAGUUGUUACGGCCUACGUUAAAUUCCUAGAUUUCCUCAUCGACUCCCCCGGAGACGUGGAAGUGCUUACGAAGUACGGGGUUAUCGAUAACUGGCUGGGCGACAGCCGAGAGGUGCACCGCAUGUUUAAGAAGAUCAACAGUUUCAUUACCAUCCACAGCGCCGAAUACCCCUUUGCCCACCUCUACGACCAACUCAAUGACUACUGCAGUCAAAGCGUGGGCGGGAAGAUCGCCAGAAUGAGACGAAGCCUUUUCCGCGGUUCGCUAGCGCUCCUCUGGCUCGCCGCCGUGUUUACGUUACUUCUCUCUGUCCUAGUUGUUACCACCACGCAAACUGUGUACACUGCCCGCACCGCAAACUGAUGGAGGGAGGAGAGGCUGUUACACUCGCCCACCCCACACCAUCAGCCUGGUCUGGUAAGAUUCCAUCUGAUCUUUCGUUACAAAUUUCAUUUCUGUCACCAGUUGAACUGCCUAUACACACAAGGUAAGUCGUUUCUUUCAUCUAUUAAAUCAGCAUGUGUCAUGUUAAAUUCUAGUUUUUGUGUUAUUUUGUAUUUUUAUUACACAAUGUAAUAUAUAUAAUCACAAUGAAUAAAAUGUAUCAAUUCAUCUAUUACAAUCUUUUACAUGGUAA